CAUAUAACAUGAGUCGACGAGACUAGUUCCUUCAAAUAUACAAAUAUAUACAUAACAUCUACAUACACACUCUCCUCUCAUACUCAAACUCAAACUCAAACUCAAACUCAUUGAUCAAGAUUCUGUUUCAACUCUCAAUUCUCAAAACCAAAAACUGCACAACACAAGAACAUGAAGAAGGGUGGCAAGGCUUGCGCGCUUUGCAAUCAACAAGCUUCACUCUACUGCCCCUCCGACUCCGCCUUCCUCUGCCGCAACUGCGACGCCACCGUCCACGGUGCCAACUUCCUCGUCGCACGCCACCCCCGCCACCUCCUCUGCUCCACCUGCAACCGUUUCGCCGGAAUUCACAUCUCCGCCGCCGCACCCUGCUACCGCCAACCAACUUGCUCCUCCUGCUCGCCGUCCGAGACCGAUCUCCUCUCUUGCUCCUCCUCCUCCGAGUCUUGCUCCACUUCCCCGAAGAAGGUUCACGUUGGGAGGGUGAGAGUGAGGGUGAGGAGCGUCUCUUCGAGUUCCGUGACCGACGAGUUCUCUCCGGCGGCGAAAAGGAGGCGGGGGAAUGACGGGUCGGUGGCGGCGGCGGAGGAGGUGAUUGGGAAAUGGAGCAGGGAGUUAGGGUUAGGGUUAGGGGCGGAUGGUAACCGUGUGGCGACGGAGGCGCUGGGGUUUUGUGUUGCAACGUGGAGGUUCGUUCCGUUCAGGGUGGUUGCUGCGACGUCGUUUUGGUUGGGCUUGGGAUUUUGUGGGGACGGGUCGCUUGCCACGUGUCGGAAUCUGGCGAGGUUGGAAGCAAUCUCCGGAGUGCCAGCUAAGCUCAUUCUGGCCGCACAUGCCAAGCUCGCACGUGCCUUCACGCUCCGCCGCGAAUUGCAAGAGGGAUGGGACGAGUCUUGAAGCCACUAAAUUCUCUACCAGCCAAUACAUUUUGUGUGAAUAUCAAAAAACAGAAUUCGAGUGAACGGUUAAAUUCGUCCGUGAAAGUGUUACGUGUUAAUAAGUUCGUUUCUAAAAGAAGUAAAUAUUUCCUUAGUCAUAACUAAUUGUGUAAAAUGUUGGUAAAAUUUUAACUAGCAAUGUUUUAUUGAAUUUCAAUGAGUUAAUUUGACCGACAUUUUACAUAAUUAUGAAGCAAGAAGUGUUUGCUAAGUUAAGGGAUGAAUUUAUCUGCACCAAACACUUUUAGAGAUCAA